CUGCAUGCGUUCGCCAACUGCAUCUCUCCGGCCGGCAGUCUCGAAGGAGACCGCCUCCCCACUUUCGUGACAAGGCGACUCCAGGCCGAACCACUGUUUUUUUCCGAUACACCAGAGACGCAUUCACGUGACGAACACAAGCCGACUCCGCCCCCCUCCCGAAGACAGCGUUUGCCAAUGAUUGCUGCUUCAUCGAGUCCGGCCAUAGUCGGAUCUGACGAGACCGGGGCGCGAACUCCAGUCCCCAGUGGGCAACUGCGUCCACACAAAGCCGAUGCUUAGACCGCUACACCACCGCGGACCCUUAAAUGAAUGGUCUUAACGACCUGGCGUCCAUAUGCGUGGACGUCACAUUUUGGGUUAUAUUACCACAGUCGUUAAUUCUGCUUAACUGGGGCCUUAUGGCCACGUAUGUGGACACUUACACUCCCAUCUAGUGGUGUCAGAAGAGUACAACACACUACGGGAAAAAUUCAAAAUGGCGGCGAGCGCAAGGGAAGGUUCGGGUGGCCACUCCAAACACAAACAUCGACAAGAGCGUUUUUAUGUGCAAAUAGCACUGGAGCUACUUGAGUUACUUGAUGGAGACAAGUCAGAUUUGAAAAACUUGUCUGACAACGAUGAUGCCAUCCUGGAUGCUGAUAACCAACCCUCACCACGGGAGCAAAGCAGCAGUGAGGAUGACAGUAGUGAUGAUGAGGACCCCAUUCCUCAGCCCACUGAGCACAGCAGGGGACGUAAACAUCUCCGUGGUGAAAAUAAAGGACGUGGAAUGCGCUGGAGGGCUACUCCAUUGACGCCAAACCUUGCUGAGUUUGAGCAUGAAGACGAAACUGAGCAAGACAGAAAUGGCUGGACCCCACUAAACUAUUUUGAACAGUAUAUAGAUAAAGAUUUGAUGAAAAUUAUUUCAGAUUGCUCUAAUGCUAUGUCACUGUCUAGGAGUGGGGGCCUACUCAACACAUCAGUAGAUGAGGUUUACCAUUUUUUUGGUGCCUGUAUUUUGAUGUCCUGUGUCCAAUACCCAAAAAUCAGGAUGUACUGGUCCAAUGCCUUGAGAUUCACUGCCAUCACUGACAGAUUCACACGUGACAGAUUCUUCAGACUGAGGUGAUCAUUAAAAGUGCUAAUUGAUGAUGAUGUGCCAGAAGACCUGAGGAAGAGUGACAAAAUCUGGAAGGUGAGGCCUUUUCUGGAUCGGAUUCUGCAAGGCUGCAUUUCUCAGACUCGACCUGAAUGCGUAUCUAUUGAUGAGCAGAUGAUUCCUUUCACAGGAGCCUGUCCGUGCAGACAAUAUCUGCCAAUGAAGCCAAACCCAGUUGGCAUAAAGAACUUUGUUUGUGCUUCAACAGAUGGCAUUGUGCUGGACUUUGAUCUGUAUCAAGGUACAGGUGCACUGCUUGAGCAGGUCGAAGAACCAGAGGGUCUGGGUUUGGGAAGCUUAGUCAUGGCUCGUCUGUGUCAAACUCUGCAUCGUGGCACAAAAGUGUAUUGUGACCAGUUCUUCACAAGCAUCCAAGGUGCAGAACAAAUGAUGAAGAAGGAGCUGUAAAUGACUGGUACAGUAAUGAAGAACCGAGUUGCUGCAGCAGUGCAGAAGUUACCCACUGACAAAACCAUGAAAAACGCAGGAAGAGGUACCUCAACAGAAGCUUCCACUGAAGAUGGAAAGUUAUGUGUAGUGAAGUGGUAUGACAACAAACCAGUACUAAUGAUGUCUGUUGUUCAUGGUACACAGCCUGAAGACACCUGCCAGCGCUCGGACAAGAAAUUGAAACAAUAUGUGUCUGUCUCGUGACCAAGCAUUGUCCGUGAGUACAACCUCAAGAUGGGUGGAGUUGAUUUUGUUGAUAGAAUGAUUAGUUACUAUCACAUGAGCGCCCGUACUAAGAAGUGGACAAUGCGGAUGCUAAUGCACUUCACGGAUCUGGCUUUAGCCAACAGCUGGCUACUCUACCGCAAAGACCUUACAAUAUGUGGUGCACUAAAGAAGAGCAUCAUGCAGUUCCUUGAGUUCCGUAUAGAAGUGGCUAAGACCCUCUUGGCCCAGCAUGACAGUCAAGGAAACGAUGCAGACCUUUCAGAACUGUCAGAGGAAGAAGACGAUUCAAAACAAGGGAAAAAACGUCCAGUGACAGCGGUGCCCCAUGUCUCAGUCCGCAGGAGGGCUAAUGCACAUCUCCCAGAGAUGAUCAGCCUGAAGAACACAGCGCGCUGCAGAGCAGCAGGCUGCACUGGAAGAACCCGAGUGCGUUGUGUGACCUGCAAAGUGUUCUUGUGCUUGCAAGCCGAUCGCAACUGUUACACAGCCUUUCACACAUAGGUGUGUACAUGUUCCUAAAGAAAAGGCAUUCCUAUUUUUUUUACAUGACCAAUGCAAAAUGCUUUGAAUGUUUUAUAUUUUGUGACAGGCAUAUGACAUCUUCCUGCAACUGCAACAGCAUUUCGAAUGAGCCAUUCUGUAGCUGUGACUGUCCAAAAGGGGCAAAAAUGCUGUGUUUUCAUUUUGUUUUUUGCACUCUGAUAUUCAAAAAUGUUAAAAAAUAUGUUUGUAUGUGUUAUUAAUACAUGCAAAAGCAGUCAGGAAAAAAACUGCUGUGUUCAGGGUGGAAAUAAAGAGUUUUUCACUCUAUUACACAAAGGUGACUUUAUUGUGUUUAUGGAAAUUCAGAACGAGUGUCCACAUAUGUGGACAUAAUUUUUCUCUAAAAGUGCAUCAUAUCAAAAGAAGAUGCUUAGUUUUUAUACUUAUCAGGUUCCAAUAAGCCCAAAUAGCAAAGACGAAUAA